AUGGUACCUGGCUUUCCCUUAGAUAUUCCUUAUAUAGGAUACCUAGUGUUGGACUUUCAAGUAAGGGGGGUGCAAGUGCCAGCAAGGGGGGUGGUGGUGGUUCGAGACAAGUGUCUGGGGUCACAUAGGGCACUGUUAGGAAUGAACAUGAUCGCAGCUUGUUGGGAGGAACUCUUCCAACACAAGAAGACAACCUCUACCGUGACUUCAGGCGCUACAGAUGAGAGGGGAUGGGAACAGGUCUUUGCAGACUGCCAGCGGAUCCAUGCCUCGGCUGCUCAGUGGGACAGAACGGACACCGCUCGGGUGGCUUGCCGGUUUGUUAUUUCUAUCCCUGCACACAGUGAAGCAUUAGUGUGGGCUAAGCUACCAGCACGAGCUAAUUAUCCUAAUUCCUGUGUACUAGUGGAGCCCCAUGGGGAGGGCCAGGGGGUUGAAGUAGCCCGGGCCCUUACUAAAAUACAUAGGGGCAGAGUUCCAGUGAGAGUGCGGAACCGCCAAGCUCACCCAGUACUCCUCCAUCGGCACUACAAAAUCGCCUGGGUCACAAUUGUGGACACCGCCCAGGGGGAUCUGGACACCGACCAGCAGUUGCAGUUACAACGGUUCUUAACCAGAUGGCAACACGUGUUCGCUUCUCAUGACGAGGAUUACGGAUGUACUGACCUAGUGACGCACCAGAUUCCAACGGGUGAGGCUGCGCCAGUUCGGGAGAGGUACAGGCCUGUGCCACCCACUCUCUACCAAGAGAUCCGGACAUUGUUGCAAGUUCAUCUGCAACACCUGGAAGAGGUGUUUCGAGCCCUGGAACGAUACAGUCUGAAGCUGCGUCUGGAAAAAUGCCAACUCUUCAGGAAGGAGGUCAAGUUCUUGGGCCAUUGUGUUAGCAACAAAGGAGUCUCCCCGGAUCCCGAUAAAGUGUCCACUGUACAGGAGUGGCAACCACCAAAGACAGUCAGGCAAGUGAGGGCAUUCCUGGGCUUUGUGGGGUACUAUAGGCGAUUUAUAAAGGACUUUUCUAAAAUUGCUAAGCCCCUUAAUGGGCUCCUAACGGGUACUGGGCGUCCCCAGAGGCGAGGGUCACCCCCAAUUCAGUGGAAUGAUGACUGA